AUGCCGAGAUGCGCCCAUCGGGAUCAGACACGUCAGGGGUCCAACCAUUUCGUGGACCUGAUCAAGUGCAGGGACUGUGGGGAGGUCCUGUUCAAGCACCACUUCACGAAGACACGCGACCAGAUGCUCUUCCAGUGCGUGCGCUCCCGACAGUACAUCAACCGCCUGGAGACCACGGGUGCGGCCCAGCCCGCGUCGCCCAUGGUAAACCAGUCGAGCUCCUCGGACAGCGAGGCCAUGACGGCGACGACGGCGCCUGCGUCAAGGCCUCCACCGACCCCUCCAGGGGCUCCCAAGAAGCUGCCCGAGCGCCUGUCGGCCGAGGUGAUUCGGAAGCUCACGGACACGGAGGUGCAGCAGAUCAUCGAGAGCGAGAGGAUCAAGAUCCGCCUGGAGGAGCAGCAGCGCCUCGCGCAGGAGAUUCUCCAGAAGGGCCUCAUCGACACGCCGACGGACCAGCCGGAGGCGGACGACAGGACCAGGCCGAGCAAGAGGCAGGGCGUCGGCCAGAUGCCCAAGGGAGAGAAUGCCGAGGCCAGAGGAUCUGCCGACCCCGUCGGGAAUGCCGAGGCCAGCCGGAGACUUUCAUCUCGUGUGAAGAGCUGUGUGCUUGGAGCGCUGAUCGCGGCGACGACAGCUCUGGGAAAGAUGCCGGGCACCGCCUGGGAGGCAGCCGAGACCUAUGGUAGGCUGGACCUCGCAGAAGUGGCCUGCGUGUCCGACUCCAGGCUCACGCGCGCGAUGAUCGAGCAAGGAGGCAAGGCCGAGAGAUUCAGCAACUGGAACGGGUAUGACUUUUCCACCAGGUCUGGUGCAGAGAAGCUCGUGAAAGUACUGCGGGUCAAGAGGCCUCGAAGAGUUUGGUUUUCCCCACCGCGCGGAGCAGAGUGCCCAUGGCAGAAUCUGAACCCCGUAACGGCGGAGUCAGAGAAGAAGCUGAUCAAGACCAGACGUAUCCAGAGGAACGUCAAAUGGGCUAUCGGUCAGCUGCUGAACGAGGGUUUCUGUGACAUAUACCUUGAGCAGUCAGGACGCUGCAGGUCUUGGACAGGCAACUUCAAGGAGCUCAAGGAGUCCAUGCACGGCUGCAGGAUUCACGGAUGCAUGUAUGACAUGAGAGACGAGCAGAACGGUCUCCUCAUACGCAAGGACUGGCACAUCGCGACCACAGACCCGCAGUUCGAGAAGAAGGUUGGGAGGAUUUGUCCAGAUCUGCAUCUGCAUAUGCCGCUGGAGGGCGGCACGAGAGUGGCUCUUUCAGCGAAUUAUCCCGUGAACAUGUGCAGGAGGAUCGCCCAGCACUUCAUGACCAGGGCCACCUCGGACGAGGCCCUCGCCUAUCUGGUGCAGCUCCUGAAGGUCAAGGAGAAAGAGCAGGCGGACCAGUACCAGCUCCUGAUCCUGACGACCCUGGAGAUGCUCAAGGUCCUCCAGAAGGCGAGGUCUCGCAAGGCGGACCAGAAGCUCAUUGAUCUUUGCAGCCACUACGAGUGUCCAGCCUGCAAGGGUGUCGCGGAGCAUUGUGGCAACACCACCGCGAAGGAGAUGCAGGAGGUAGUGCUGAAGGACUGGAUCCACCACUACGGCAAGCCGGAGGUCUUCAGGACAGAUCCCGAAGGUUGCUUCAGGCAGGUCGAGCAGCGCGCCUGGGUCUCGGGUAACGGCAUGGAGUGGAGACCAGAACCCGGAGAAGCUCACUGGCGAAUGGGAGUGAUCGAAAGAUGCAUCGAGACGAUCAAGGAGAUCGCCACUCGCCUCGCCUGGGAGCUACCAGAUGACACCGAGCCCGCGGACAUCUUUCGCUGGGCUUGCGUGGCUAACAACGACCUGAUGCGACACCAAGGCUACAGCCCGAUGAUGCUCAUGAUGGGUCGUACCCCGUCGGGGCAGGGCUUAGAGCAAGUGGAGAAUCCUUCAGUCCUGAGCGCCAAUGUGGUGGACAAGCAUUUCCAGGAGGUCACGCGCAUCAAGGCGGCGGCUUACAAGGCGUGCGUGGACCACUACCUGUCGGAGAAGACGAAGCGCGCUCUGCUGGCCAAGACGAGGCCGUUCAAGACAUGGGAGCCUGGUGAGAAGGCACACUACUGGCGAGGUGCGAAAGGUAACAGCCACAAGACUCGGCCAGGUAUAGCUGGUCGAUUUCACGGUCCCGCCACUGUCUUGAUGCAGGAGCGCGAGAUGAAGAAUGGAGUUGCGGUGCGACGAGGAGUUGUCUGGCUUGUUGACGGUGACCGUCUUGUACGAGCAGCGGCCGCUCACCUCCGCACGACUACGAAAGCGGAGCAGACCCUGGAGAGCAUCUCCGCAAGGAGCUCCGACCACUUCAAGAAGAUUCUGCAGAAAGUACCGACACUUGUCAUGCCCGAGCUCGGUCGUGCCGAUCCCGAGUCUGAGAGCAGUGCGAGUUGGACCUCACCCUGGGAGUAUGAUCAGAAGACGAAGGCUUCCGACCUGGUGGGUUUCGUGGGCGAGGACGAGCCGAACCUCGCGAUCAUGAUCGGUUUCGCGCUGGAGGAGUCGGAUGUGGAUCAACUCAGCCGGAGGCCUGACACGGCCCUCGCUGCGAUGGUCAAACAGAACAAGGUCGAGGUGAAGCUCAAGAACCUCACGGCAGAGGACCGUGAGAAGCUCCCGAUCGCGAAGGGUAACGAGAUCAAGUCGUUCCUCAAGUAUCGAGUUUGCGAGGCGGCCAGUCGUGCUGGAGUACACCCAGGUGCUCUGAUGAAGAUGAGAUGGGUCAUUACAAGGAAGGAGACUGGCGACCUCAAGGCUCGGUUGGUGGUUCUUGGCUUUACCGAUCCGGGUCUGGCCGUAGCCCACGUGGGCGACUUCAUGAUCGCGAUUGACCAGCACUCGGACUUUGCAGUGGACGCCCUGCAGCAGCUCCAUCAAGCCUAUGAGUGGGGAAGCUGGGAGACCCAGCCGGUGACAUCGUCAGAAGCUACCCGCCUGCGAGCUGCCUUUGGUCAGCUCAUGUGGUUGGCUACGCAGGGCGUGCCCCUCAUCGGGGCAGAACUGUCACUGCUGUUGGCAUACAGUAACUCCGCAACAGUGAAUACUCUCCUGCAGGCCAACAAGCUCAUCAGGCGCACCAAGUUCGAGGCGACCAAGGAGCUCAUCAUGGAGAAACAUGCGAAUCCGUGUGCGGUCGGCUAUUCGGACGCAGCGUGGAAUGUUCGACGGGAUGGUUCUUCACAAGGUGGUUUCUUGAUUUUUCUGACAGAUUAUACCUUGAUGCAGAACCGAGAGGCGCCGAUCUCUCUGCUGGCCUGGGCAUCUGCAAAGUUGCCAAGGGUGUGUCGGAGCUCGAGUGCGGCCGAAGUACAGGCCGCCAGUGAAGCUCAAGAGGAACUGGAGUUCUGCAGGCUGCUGCUGAGCGAGAUCCUGUUGGGACCAGCGCCUCUGAAGCAGUGGACUUCGAGCUGUGCGAAGAUUCCUGGUGCCCUGGUCCUGGACUGCCGCGGCGUGUUCGAUGCCCUGGAUCGGUCAGAGAGCAGCGCCCUCGGCAUGAAAGACAAGAGGAGCGCGCUGGAGGCCCUGGCCCUCAAACGCGGCAUGGCCGCCACGUCGACAUCCCUGCGGUGGUGUCACAGCGGUGCGCAGCUGAGCGAUUGUAUGACCAAGAACUCGGAGAAGGCUCGUGCCAGCUACAACCUGUGGCUACAGCGAGGUACAUGGAAGCUGAUAUACGAUGCUAACUUCAUCUCCGAAAAGCAGAGGAAACAACGAGGACUGCAGACACUAGACCAGGCUACAUAUUUUGCAGUCGAUGACGAUGAUGCCUGGCAGUUGUACCCAGAGGAUUUGGAGAUCGAGGAGGAGAUAGAUAUUCCCCAG